UUAAAGACUUGCUGAAUUUCUAGGCAAGAGCAGCAACGACCGACGCCUCUUCCAACUCUCUACAGCACUUCUACAGCACGAUGCCCAAGACUCCCGCCUGGUCGCCCAAGCCUGCCAUCGAGAAGCUCCCGCUCGCCGUUCGCAAAGAUAUCCGAGAUAACUUUGAUUCGAAGAAGGAGGCGCUGCAAGAGCGCAUCAAGACGGCACUUGGAUCCGAGUAUACCAUCAGUGUGAAGCCAGGCGAGGUGUGGGCCUAUGCUGAGGACGGCAACACGUCCGCGGGCAGCUGCUUCAAUGGCUACUUCGAGGGGUUCGUGACUGGACUGGAGAGCUUCCUCAAGACUUAUGGCGACAACGGGAAGCAGUAUUUCAACGAUGCCGUCAAACAGUCUGAGAUCACCCUCGAGGUGAACCCCAACGGUGACAAGGGCGAGACCAUUAGCGCCGAUGUCAAGGAUGGUGUCUACCGCAUUCUCUUCCGCCACGACCGUCUCGGCUACAACCAAAACUGGCAAGAAAGCACGAUCCUUCCCGCAGUCGAGGGCGUCGAAACCGCGGGCUUCUCUCUGUCGGCCAAACACUCGAUUGACGACAAGUACGACGAGGAGAUCGACGAGUGCAAGGAGGCCAUCAGCAAGAUCCUCGGAGCCGAGUUUACACUGGACCCCAACUUCGAGGAGGUCUACAAAGCCCUCUCCACGGGGAUCACUGACUCCAAGGACUGGGAGUCUGGUUUCGGCGGGAUUGUGCUCCGCUACUUCCAGGGUCUGCAGUACCAGCUUGAGCGCCAGGGUUUCAAGGACGACGACAUGCUCCAGGAGGGUCUCCAGGAGACCAUCGAGUCCAAAACGUUCCGUAUCCGCGUCCUACCCAAGACCAACAGCACGACCGAGACCGUGAUUGAGGACGGGGUCGUGUACCUCCAGACUCGGCCCGAUCGGUGGGGGUACAACACCAACGACAUGGGAGAGGGGCUCGUCAACUUGCUCUAGCACGUAGCUGUAAUUCCAUAGAUACCCCGUGAAACCGAUGACCUGUGAAAUCCCAUACUUUUU